AUGAUACCAGAGGAGAAAUUACGGAGGAUUGUAGAGCUAGAACGCAAACAUACGCAGCUGUACCACAGUUUGCUGGAGUCUCUGGACGAAUUGUACAUGGUAAAGGCGCAAGGUGACGGUGAACCCAGCGGUGAGAUAAAACUUGAUCAAAACCAGCGACAUAUGUUGGAGAUCAGAAGAAAUCUGCAGAUGUCGAUGGAAAAGAGCGCAACUAUAUUGAAAACACUUGAUAGACUGAACAAAAUCAAGAAGAAUGAGGAUGUAGUCAAUGUGGAAGAUAUGAUAGCGGUGAGAAUCAAAGAAUUGAUGGAAGACAACUUCCAGAUCGAUAGCAAGAUCACAAAGCUGCUUAGCGAACAAAACAAACUGUUGGAAAGUCUCAGAACAGAAAAAACCAAAUACAGAAACCUCGUGGAACGGUUACAGACAGUCCAUCCCAAGCACAAUCGCGUCACAGUCGAGAACUCCUCGGAUAGCGACACAGAUGCAGACCUCGACGAGGAACGUCAACUGGAACUUGAAAAUGAAACCAUUGCAGAACUACUGGUGGCAUUAAAAGUGUACUCCGGGGUCUGA